AUCAUAAUUGUUGUUGCCGUAAGAAGGCGGAUGUACUUGCACACAAAUGUAGGUAGUUAGAUUGUUGAAUAUGUUCAAUGAGUUCUUUGAGUAAUUAAUACAUUAUCUGCCAAAGUCAGUCAUAUAAAGAUGAACUAGAGUUUGACAUGUUAUUGUAUUUAUGAAACGAGUUCACUUUAGCUGAUCCUCGAGAUUGUGCUUUCAGUUGUCUCUCAUGCUACAUGUGCAGCUAUCGAUCUUCGUUAGAUAGAUAGCUAACUUGAUAACACGAGCACCUGCUGUGAAAUUCAGACUUGAUGACAAUUUCUGGGAAGUACAGUUACAGUAGGGAAUUGUUUGACUAUUGACUGUUGUAGCUAGCUUGCUGUCUCAAUGAGGACUGUUCGAGCACUGCAGAGAUUAAGAGGAGUCCUUGUCCGCCCUUGUCCACCACCAUUAUUUGUUAGAUCAUGGAGCGUGGCACAGAGCCAAAGUUUCUCAAGCAACUCAGCAGAGAAACCAAUGCCAGGAAACUCGAUGCUCAGACACCUAACCUCCAAGAUCAAAGCCACAGGUCCUAUCUCAGUGGCAGAGUACAUGAGAGAGGUUCUUACCAACCCAGUCAUGGGCUAUUAUGUGCAGAAUGAUAUGCUUGGGCCAGAUGGAGAUUUCAUCACAUCACCAGAAAUUAGUCAGAUAUUUGGGGAGUUGCUGGGGAUCUGGUGUUUGAGUGAGUGGAUGGGAGCAGGGAAGCCCAGUCGCUUCCAGUUAGUGGAGUUUGGACCAGGAAGAGGCUCCUUAGCCAAUGACAUUCUCAGAGUUUUCAGUCAGCUGCGUGGGGCCCUGGGUGGGGCUGCAGUCUCAGUGCACCUGGUGGAGGUGAGUCCUAAGCUGAGCCAGGUCCAGGCCCAGUGUCUAACAGGAGACCAGAGCCAGGUGUCAGCCAGCGAGGAUGAGCCUGUGUACCGCCAUGGAACCACCACCACAGGCCUCCCCAUCUCCUGGUACCGCAACCUGGAUGAUGUCCCCAGAGGCUUCAGCAUCUACCUCGCUCAUGAGUUCUUUGAUGCCUUACCCAUCCACAAAUUCCAGGGAACAGAGAAGGGCUGGAGGGAGGUGAUGGUGGAUAUUGACCCAGAUGAGCCAGGCAAGCUGAGGCUUGUCAUAGUGCCAGCUCCCACUCUGGCCUCUACUCAACUCAUACAGGCAGAUGAAAAGAGACGGCACGUGGAGGUCUGCCCGGAGGGAGGGGUCAUCGUCCAGCGCCUAGCCAAUCGGAUCACCGAGGAUGGGGGUGCUGCACUGAUAGCUGACUACGGGCACGACGGGACCAAGAUGGACACGUUCAGAGGUUUUAAAGGUCAUAAGCUCCAUGAUGUCCUAGCCUCGCCUGGCUCUGCUGACCUGACUGCUGAUGUGGACUACAGUUACCUGAGGAGGAUGGCUGGAGCUACGGUGGCCUGCAUGGGCCCUGUCUCUCAGAAAGACUUCCUGAAAAAUAUGGGAAUCGAUACACGCUUACAGGUGCUGCUGAGGAACUGUGCAGACCCGUCCACAAGGGCCCAGUUGAUCCAGGGCUAUGACAUGCUGACCAACCCCCUGAAGAUGGGCGAGAGGUUCCAGUUCUUCACCAUGCUCAACCACAGUCGGCUCACCAGGCCCGAGCAGUCCAAGGGGGGGAAGAAGAUGGCCCCAGCGCCCAAGAAGGGCCCAGCGCCCCUGCCUGUGGCUGGCUUCAGUGAGCUUGGCCUUUCGUAAAGAACAGACAUAGAGACUCACCACGGGUUCUUCUGCACUGCAGAGGCUGUGUAUCAACUCACUUAAAAGUUGCACUAUACCUUGAUUAUACAUUUAUAAUUUAGCAGACAUUCUUAUCCAGAGCAACUUAGAAUAGUGAGUUCAUACAUUUUCAUACUUUUUUCUUACUAGUCCCCAGUGGGAAUCGAACCCACAAACCUGGCAUUGCAAGCGCCAUGCUCUACCAUCUGAGCCACACAGGAUUAUAUACACAAGACUUUUGGUUUGAAAAGUUGGAACUGAAGUGCUGAUAAAACCCUAAGAAUUAUGUACCUUGCCUCACUGAGGGAAGAUGGUGGUUGCUAUCUUUCUCUAUCAUCUACAUGUUCAUUAGACCAACAUACCUUGCCUCACUGAGGGAGUGGUAGACAAUGUAACUUUGAUCAGUCAGAAGAACGUCACUCUAGGUCACAGAGUGGCCCUUGGCCCUUGGCCACGUGGUGCCUGGCUGUCUCCACAUCUUGAAGCAAUCUGGUGAACGUGGAGUUAGUAGAUAGCGUAUGCAUCCCAGAUGACAUCCUAUUACCUAUAUAGUGCACUACUUUUGAACAGAGCCCUAUGGGCACGGGUCAAAAGUUGUGCACUACAUAGGCAAUAGGGUGUCAUUUGGGACACAGUCAGCCACUCACAGCAUGCUGUGUUUUGCUCUGACAGGCUCUCCCUCACUGCACCAGUAGCAAUUAAAGGAUACUAUUACACAGGCCGAUUACCGUAGCCAUAAUAACCAGCCCAAAAAACUGAGCGACCCUAACAUAAAGCUAUCAUAUUAAAGACUUAAUGAGUCAUAUCAUAUUAAAGACUGAAUGAUUAAAAGUCAUUACAAAACA